CCUGCCCGGGGGAGGCUUCCCAGGAGUGUGAGGGAUUUACAAUCACCACCUCUCACUCCUGGUCCCCUGCAGUGUCACACUGAAGGCCAUGUGCAGUGGCAAGCUGCAGACAGCUUUGCUGGUGGCCAGCUACUUUGUCUACCUGCUGGUGGGUGCUGCCGUGUUCCAGGCCCUGGAGAGGACAGCUGAGAAGCAGGAGAAGAGGGCAGCUGCCCAGAUGAAGGAGGCUUUUCUGCAGAACUUCACGCAGCUCACGGUGGCGGAGAUGGAGCAGUUCAUGGCGAACCUGAUUGAAGCCAUUCAAAAUGGAGUAUACCCUGUUGGAAAUGAAUCACAGUUUGAAGAGAGCAACUGGGAUUUCAGCAACUCCUUCUUCUUUGCAGGCACAGUUGUCUCCACAAUAGGCUAUGGCACAUUACAUCCUAAAACUGCUGGGGGACAGAUCUUCUGUGUGUUUUUUGCUCUUUUUGGAAUCCCUCUGAACAUUGUUUUUCUGCACCACGUUGGUAAGAUGCUCUCCCUGCUCUGUAAAAAGCUGGGGAAAUUCCUGUACGAGAAAGGAAUGAGAAAGAAGAAGAUCAAAUUUCUGACCCUUCUGUUCUUCCUGGCAACGGGGAUCCUGGUUUUUCUGUGCUUGCCAUCAGUCUUUUUCCAGAUAACAGAGGGCUGGUCCUACAGCGAAGGAAUUUACUUUGCAUUUAUCACCCUCAGCACCAUUGGCUUUGGAGAUUAUGUAGUAGGCAAACAGUCUGACAGGAAAUAUUUUUCCUACUAUCGAGUGCUUGUGGCCAUUUGGAUUCUUUUUGGCCUUGCCUGGAUUGCUCUGCUGUUUAAUUUAUUGACAACAGUACUAGAAGAUACUGAAAAAAUAAUUGUCAAGGAUUUCCAGGAAAUUGGAAAGGUGAGUAAGGACAGUGUAGGAAGCCAGCAAAGAAGAUGCUGGCCUGUUCAAUUUAUUCCAGAAGAAGAACUGCCACCACCACGUGCUGGAGGGGAUGCACAGAAAAUGGAGCCAUUAACAGCAGAUUCUGAACACACAAAAAAUGAAAAAAAAGUGUUUUCUAAUAGCAAAACUAUUACUUUAACGUGUUGAUAAUUUAAUUCUUCACUGAAGAAUUGCUAGUUAAUUAUUCUGAGGAACUUCACAUAGAAAUAAAAUUUCUCCUGCCAUUUGCUGAGAUAUGACCUUUUAGAGCUCAAGACUUGCAGUUACACAAAGCCUGAAUAUUAAUGGUAAGAAAUUUGCUCCUCAGUUUGCAGCUAGGUUGUGCUAACAGCCUGAGAAGUGCACUUGCUUUGCAAGGUGUUUUUAAGGUGCUUUCACAAAAAAUGCAGAGGAGGGGCAUGGCAGAGCUUGCUGGUUCUGUUUGGAUUUUGCAGCUUGCAAGAAAUCGUGUCUCUUCCAGUAACUGACAUGCACAAGCUUUUCUGGAGCAUUGCAUAGCACUUUUGGAAGAAGAAAUAAGGGUUUAUUACUUACUAGAUGCCUGACUUGAACCAUUGUAUUGGAUAAGGUGUUGUGGUCUGAAAGACAGGUUCAAAUGACAAGACCUGAGCUCAGUUCAGAGGCACUGGAAGCAUCUAAUGGACAGGGUUAUGAAAAGGUUAGCAUAUUAGAAAUGAUUGAUUCUACCUCUUCCUGUUUUAUACUAAGAUGAAUAAAGGCAAUUUCAGCUUUUAUCCCCAUG